AUGGGACCCCCUCCGCCCCCACGAGGCCUGUCCCUCUACGACAACCUCACCGAUCCCAACGAAACCCCGUCCGACAGCGCCACCAUCUCGUCCGCCCCGGUGCUCUACUCCUCCGACCAAGCCAAGAAACCUGUAGACCCAGCGCUGCGCUUCCAACCCAUACGUCGCCCCCAACCCAAGCAAGGAAGUAAGGCAAUCCCCGGCGGUCCCAGACCAACCCCCAAGCCAGCACCACCAGCGACAACGGCAGCACCGCCGCCACCACCAAGCGCAGUAGCAGGAGCCGCACCCCCCAGCAAGUCCUCUCUAGCCGACUGGGCCGCGACGGAAGAGGACGAAUGGCUCUACGGUACGGGGGAGAAGCGCCAGCGCGGCGGACGUAAGCGCAAGAAGAAGAAUAGGCAGGACGAUGCCGCAUUCGUCGAGACCGACUGGGACGACAUCUACGACCCGGCCCGUCCGACGAAUAUAGACGAGUACCUCCAUAGCGAUGAGAAGGUGGAGGAGGUGAGGGAGUGGAGGGCCUUACUGUACAGGCACCGUAGACGGGAUGUCGAUCCGGACAGUGACCUAUCCUCUGAUGACGGCAACAGACCAGCUCCCAAAAACCAAUUCGCCCCUCCACCAUCAUACAACUUUGCGCCACCACCCGUCUCCCCUCCGCCUCCUCCUCCUUCUGAACUUCAACACCCUCCCCCCAGCACGGCAACAAUCUCGGCCGCACCGAUACGCUACACCCAACCAGAAGAAGCCUCAACUCAACAAGCAGAUCAAGACAACACAUCGGGGGGGGGAGAGGAAGCAGCCCGCUCCAACCUCCCCGGCCAAUCCGGUUUCGCAGCCCGCCUGAUGAGCAAGUACGGCUGGACGGCCGGCACCGGGCUGGGCGCCGACUCCUCCGGCAUCGUCAACCCCCUCCGCGUCAAGGUGGACAAGCGGCGUAGGCGCGCUGAUGCCGACGGCGGGGGCUGGGCCGAACCAGCCGGCAAGGGCAAGAUCAUCGGCGGCACCGCGGCCCACGGCCGACGUCCAGACGACGGAGGCAGCAGGAUGAGCGAGGUGAUUGUCCUGCGUAACAUGCUGUGGGGCAUGGACGAUCUACAGGCCGAGAUAGAGGACGGUCUCGGUCAGGAGAUUGGUGAGGAGUGUGGUGAAAAGUACGGUCGUGUCGAGAGAUUAUACAUCGAUCAGGAGAAUCGCCAGGUUUUUAUCAAAUUCACCAAUCAAGUUUCUGCACUACGGUUCGAUGAGGGUGUAUACUCCUAG